AUGUCCGAUCGAAAAGUGGUCCUCGUGCUUGGCGGUGCCGGAGCUCAGAACUCGGCAGUUGUGCGGGAGCUUGCGAAAAGUGGCAGCUUUUUGAUCAGAGUCAUGUCCCGCAAUAUACAAUCGGAAGAGUGUGUGGCCUUAUCUACAUUGAGUUUUGUUGAACUAGUCGAAGGGAAUUGUUACGAUGAAGCGGUUCUUUUUUCAGCAUUUCAAGGGGUACACGCAUGCUUCGUGAAUACUAAUGGCUUCGCCAUCGGCGAGAAGGCUGAGCUUUACUGGGGCAUCCGGAUAUAUGAAAUUGCGUAUUGGUCUGGAGUCGCCCAUUUUGUGUAUAGCUCGUUGCCGUAUGUGUCUAAGAGGUCCGGCUAUAACCCGACGUAUCGAGUCCCCUUCGUUGAUGCUAAGGGAAAAGUCUGUGAAUAUUUGAAAGCCCAGCCCACUGACAAGAUGAACUGGAGCAUCCUCGAAACCGGACCAUAUCCCGAAGCUUUCCUCACUGCUUGGGCGCCUACCAAGGGUGCAGAUGGAACGUACGUUUUCAAAAUGCCAAUCGGAUCCGAGGGCGCUGUUCCAUUUGUGGCUUUAGUGGAUCUCGCCUGGGUUGCUCGGUAUAUUCUUGAGCACCCACAGGAGUUUGAGGGUGGUCUGCUUAGCAUUGCUAUUGCACACACAAGCGGUGAUAUGGUAGCAUCGGCUUUUACAGCUGUCACUGGAGAGCCAGCCCGCUUCGAGCCCUCAAGCCUGUCAGAAGUGGCUAAAACGUGGCCUGCGACUAAAAUUGGCAUGGCUGGGUCACCGGGUUUUGAUGACCCAACGUUGAUGACUAUGGCAGGCCAGCUGGUACCCUGGUACACCAUAUGGCAGGAGAGUGGUGGUAAUACGGGCAUAUGGACGAAAGACUACAAUCGCCUGGAUAGAAUUCACCCCAACCGGAUACGAAGCAUCGAGCAGUGGAUGCGGGUUGACGGUUAUUCUGCGCAGAAGCGUCCUCCUGUUCUUAAGACCGGAAUUUUCGGGGAUCCUAUGUAG